UGGAGAGAUGUAAUAUGCAUUAGAAGUAAGAGGCUAAUAAAUACAGUUCCUUUUCAGAUUGACAAGAAGAUAGCAAAUAGCUAUUAAGCCCUUCAGCGGCUUCAGAACCUUGGUCUUAAUGGUGGUAACUCAUUUUUGCUACUGGAAGAGAGAUGUCCGAUAUAGUAGAGAUCUAGAAAACAAGUUAAUGCAAUUAAGCAGUAAGAUGCCUAGGUUUGGAUCCAGGAUAUUGAAAAGUGUUUGAUGAGAGACCAGGUUAACAAAGGGUCACCCAGUGGUGGGAUUCAAGUAAUUUAACAACCGGUUCUCUGCCCUAAUGAUUUCUUCCAACAACCAGUUUGCCAAACUGCUCAGAAAGUUAACAACUGGUUCUCCCGAAGUGGUGCGAACUGGCUGAAUCCCACCACUGGGGUCACCUAACCUGAGCGGGCUGCCAUUCACUUGGUUUCUAUAAUCACUGACUUUCAAGCUUCCGUAUGAAUCCAUUCAGGUGAAGAGCUGCUGUUUUAUCCCUCCUCCAGGAAGUAGCUAAUAAAUGUAGAGGUUUUUCUAUGGUAGCUCUAGAGGUGGUAUUCAGCCAGUUCAGAUGAGUUCAGAAGGUAUUUAAACUGUUCUUUGCUAGCUUGUAUCAAAGGGUGGCUCAGGGGCUAAGACACUGAGCUUGUCGAUCGAAAGGUCGGCAGUUCAGCGGUUCGAAUCCCUAGUGCUGCCAUGUAACAGGGUGAGCUCCCGUUACUUGUCCCAGCUUCUGCCAACCUAGCAGCUCGAAAGCACGUAGAAAAUGUAAGUAGAAAAAGAGGGAACCACCUUUGGUGGGAAGGUAACAGUGUUCCGUGCGCCUUUGGUGUUGAGUCAUGCCGGCCACAUGACCACAAAGACAUCUUCGGACGGCACUGGCUCUUCGGCUUUGAAACGGAGAUAAGCACCGCCCCCUAGGGUCGGGAACGACUAGCACAUGUGUGCGAGGGGAACCUUUACCUUUAUCUAUUCAUCACAAAUCACUAGUUACCAAAAUAACCUUCUCUCUGGAGUCCCAAACUUGUAUUUGUAAGUGCUUAAAAUGGUUAAAAUAACCACUGAAGCCUUUGGAGAAAAGUUAAUAAAGGUAGUUAUAGUAUCACUAAUCAGAUAAGAUGGAAAUAUGUCCUCAAAUUGUGUUAAAUAUGCUGAAAAGGUUUCAGACUUUAUUCAAAACAGUGGCAGAUGGAUGAUCUGAUCAAUAUUAUUAGUCCUGCUUUUUCUUGCCUGUUUAACAAAACAGGGGGAUUAUGCUGACCUUUGGUAUUUUAAUUACUGAAAGUUUUUUGUCCCCUUUGGAGACUUUCUUCACGUGAAAUAAAUCAUUAGAAUACUUAAGUCUGAAAUAUUUAGGACAUCAUUCUCGGUGGAUAUUCCCAUGAUUUUUUUUUCUCUCUGUAGCUUUUGCUAUGAGGUUCUCAUUUAUACAGAAAUCCAAGUGUUUUUAUUUUAUCUCCGUAAUAAACACUUUAGUUUCACUGACCCAGUUUUUAAUUCGUGCUGCCCGCAGAUUUUGAGACCGUAGGAUGUCUGUUUCUGCCCACCCCUUUCUAAACAACCACUCACACACAGCAGAAUCGAGUUUGGGCAUUGUUUAAUUUUGGGUUCCAGUCCAUCUGUCUGUACUUCUGACGUUUCUUGGCUCCUAACAAAGCAGAGCUCUAUUUCUUGCUGGCAAUUCAACCUUUCUAAUGCUGCUCACUUUCUCACUGGAAGGCUGCCAUCGUUUAGCAUGGAGUUUAACUCAAAUUCUGUACAGUUCUUCAUGCUUUACCCCUGCUCCAGCUUUUUAUCGCCUGCCUUAAAACCUAGGAACAGGAAGAUGGAUGGGGUUGCCUCUUGAAUUGUGCAUGUAAGAAUCUCUUUCCUUUUCUCUCCUGAAAAAAGUUUGAAUGUGGUUGAGGAAGGUUAUUGCCGUUUGUUUGCAGUGGCAACUUGAUAUCUGUGUUGGUUGUUAGGACAGAAAGAGAGGAGUAUUUAAAUUACUUUUUCAGCAGGAGGAAAAGAAAGUGUGUGAGAUCCUACUCUUUAUUUGUAGUAGUCAAAAGACAUUGGGAAGCUUAAAUAUUCUCAUUCUCUCUCUCUCUCUCUCUCUCUCUCUCUCUCUGUGUGUGUGUGUGUGUGUGUGUGUGUGUGUUUAUCUCGCUCUCUCUUUGUGUGUGUGCACACCCGCAUGCCUUCCUCCAAUCACUUCAGCAAUAUCUGGUCAGCCUGAGAAUUUUGAUAGCAUAACAAGGGCAAUUCGACAAGGUGGGGAAGAGUGAGGGAGGGGAAGCCUCCUCUGUGUGAGUUAGUGUCUGUGGUUUCCCACCCACCUCCGCUCCUUUUCUUUCUCGUUUGCAGUAAUUCAAAAGUGUCCUGCAAAUAUGAUGCAGCUUAGAUUUAUAGCAGAGCUGGCUGAGUGUGCUUGCUGCCUUAGUCAGCUGUGAGAGAUCUCCCGCUGGGACCGAUCCUUUCUGAUGGAAAAGGAGCAGCUGGGAAGGUGCUGUUUCAGGCUCUUGCUGGUAUUAAAGAGAAGAGGGGGGGGGAGGAAAUAGUCGCUUGUAUUGGAGAGGGGAAAACAGGUCAUGUGACGCCAGCCCUCCUACCCGAUGUCACAGUGUGGAGGAGCACCGAUUGGUCUUGCCCAACCACGCAUGGAAUGUCGCUUGCCACUUGGGCUAUUUCUGCUAUCUGUCGCUAUCAGUGCAGCAGUGCUAACACUUUGGCAGAUGGGACACUUUUUCUUGGAGUUUAUGUCUUUAGUUCUUAACUGCUGGCAGUGGCUGGCCUUGUUGCCUUCCCUCUCCUCUGCUUUCUCCCGAGACUAUGGCCCAUCGGUUGCGGUUUCAUUUUGGCUCGGGGCGAAGCAAUACAGCUCCUGAACUGGAGAUCCUAGACCACGACAGGGAAGAUAAUGACGACUGUUUCAUGGCAUUCCACACUUUGCCAAGAAGGAAUGGGCCUCACCCUUUCUCCAGGCACAGCAUCGAUUGUGAAGAUGGCAGCGGCCGUCUGCAGGAAGGCAGCUCCUUGAAAAGAAGCACAUCCAUGUUUAUCCCGCAACUUCUGAACAGCAUUGAUGCGCGGCCCAUGAGGAGCUCAUCCAUGCAGAUCUCCCUUCAGCGCAAUGCUGUGAAUGGACACGCUAAUGAAUGUGGGUCUCCUCCAGAGGAAUCAUGUCAUUUUUCUGGCCUAGGAGAGCGGUGUACCUCUCUUGACGGAAGCCAUUCUUCUCCAAGUAGUUCACAGGUAACUCCAGAGGAUUCUCCAACGAGAGAGCUUGAGAACCUGGGACAUGAGGUCAACGGAGGGUCUUCUAACCACACAAUAUUUUGUACAAUACCUUCUAACAACUGGAAUACUAAGGGUGCAGCCAGCAGUCAAGAGGACAACGUAAACAAACCUGCGCUGGAUUUAAAUAUUAGCGGGGUGAGGAUUCAGCAUCGGGCUUCAAGUGUAGAUAUGCCUCAAGUUACGCUGAUGCCGUUUGGUCCAGAGGCCCAAAAUAAUCCUUCUUGUUCCGAACCCAGGCGCUGGUCUUUGCAACACCUGCCAGAUGGGUCAGCCAACUCUGGGAAAAAGCUAUUUGUUCUUCAGUUGCAGCAAUCUCAGUCAAAUAGUGCAGGAGCAGAUUGUAAUUUUGGCAUUACCGGAACAAAAGGAGACAGGCUAGUCAGAUACCCACGGAUACGGCUCGGGAGGAGCACCUCAUAUCCAGUUCAGCCACAGGCCGAGCGAAUUAGCCCCAUGGAAGAAGAUGCCCAUUGUGGAAAUGACCAGCGUGGCCCCGACAUGGCCAGAAGCAAUUCAGUCGAGCGGAUUUCCCCAGGGCAAGGAUGCACUUUUAAAAUUUGUCCAGAUCAAAACUCAAGACAGCAGCAUUUCAGAAUUCUUGUAACUCAUGAGAAGAACCAACCAUGUGGGCAAGAAAAUUCAAAUACAGCUGCUCCACUGGCAGCCAACUCAUCAACCAGAGACGACUUUCUGGGUCAAGUGGAUGUGCCACUUAAUCAUCUUCCGACUGAAGACCCAACUAUGGAAAGACCUUAUACGUUUAAAGAUUUCCUUCUUAGGCCAAGAAGUCACAAAUCUCGAGUAAAAGGAUUUUUGAGGUUGAAGAUGGCUUACAUGCCAAAAAAUGGUGGUCAAGAGGAUGACACUGAUCAGAGAGAAGAUUCAGAGCAUGGCUGGGAAGUAGUCGAAUCUGGAGAUUCCCCCACUCAACGCCAGGAAGAAUUACCUCCCCCUCCCUUACCUCCUGGGUGGGAAGAGAAAGUAGACAACCUUGGACGCACCUAUUAUGUCAAUCAUAAUAACAGAACGACACAGUGGCAUCGACCAAGUUUGAUGGAUGUGGCUUCUGAAUCUGACAAUAACAUCAGGCAGAUAAAUCAAGAGGCUGCCCACCGAAGGUUUCGAUCAAGGAGACACAUUAGUGAGGAUUUGGACCCUGAGCCCCUGGACACUGGUGAUGUCCCUGAGCCUUGGGAAACCAUUUCUGAAGAAGUGAACACAAGUGAUUCCUUAAGCCUGUCCUUGCCCCCUCCUCCUGCUUCCCCUGUCUCUCGGACCAGCCCUCAGGAGUUCUCUGAGGAAUUGAAUAGAAGACUUCAGAUCACUCCUGAUUCAAAUGGGGAACAACUCUCUUCUAUGAUUCAAAGAGAUCCCUCUGCAAGGUUGCGAUCUUGCAGUGUAACUGAUGCUGUUGCUGAACAGUCCCAUUUAUCACUGCCGAGUGGCCCAUCUAGAAGACUUCGUUCUUCCACGGUCACUGGGGGUGAAGAGUCGACGCCAUCAGUGGCCUAUGUUCAUACUACACCGGGCUUACCUUCAGGCUGGGAAGAGAGGAAAGAUGCUAAGGGACGUACUUAUUAUGUCAAUCAUAACAAUCGCACUACAACUUGGACUCGGCCUGUCAUGCAGCUUGCUGAAGAUGGUGCUUCUGGGUCAACAUCAAACAGUAACAACCAUCUAAGCGAGCCUCAGAUAAGACGGCCUCGUAGCCUCAGUACUCCCACAGUUACACUAUCUGCACCGCUUGAGGGACUUCUCAAGGACUCUCCUGUGCGAAGAGCCGUGAAGGACACCCUUUCUAAUCCACAGUCUCCUCAACCAUCUCCAUAUAAUUCUCCAAAACCACAGCACAAAUUGACGCAAAGUUUCUUACCUCCUGGCUGGGAGAUGCGAAUAGCACCCAAUGGCAGACCCUUUUUCAUUGAUCACAACACCAAGACCACAACAUGGGAAGAUCCCCGACUGAAAUUUCCAGUUCAUUUGCGGUCAAAAGCGGCUUUAAACCCAAAUGACUUGGGCCCCCUUCCUCCUGGUUGGGAGGAAAGAAUUCAUUUGGAUGGAAGAACGUUUUAUAUAGAUCAUAAUAAUAAAAUUACCCAGUGGGAAGAUCCCAGGUUGCAGAAUCCUGCUAUUACAGGUCCAGCUGUUCCAUAUUCCAGAGAAUUUAAACAAAAAUAUGACUACUUCAGGAAGAAGUUAAAGAAACCAGCUGAUAUACCAAACAGAUUUGAGAUGAAACUCCACCGAAAUAAUAUUUUUGAAGAAUCGUAUAGAAGAAUCAUGUCAGUGAAGAGACCUGAUGUAUUAAAAGCCAGGCUCUGGAUAGAAUUUGAAUCAGAAAAAGGCCUUGACUACGGAGGAGUGGCCAGAGAAUGGUUCUUCCUGUUGUCCAAGGAAAUGUUUAACCCCUAUUAUGGCCUCUUUGAAUAUUCAGCAACGGACAACUAUACUCUUCAGAUCAAUCCUAAUUCUGGACUUUGUAAUGAAGACCAUUUGUCUUAUUUCACCUUUAUUGGUCGUGUUGCUGGUUUGGCUGUAUAUCAUGGAAAGCUUUUAGAUGGUUUCUUCAUUAGGCCCUUUUAUAAGAUGAUGCUGGGAAAACCAAUAACCCUAAAAGACAUGGAGUCUGUGGAUGGUGAAUAUUAUAAUUCCUUGAAAUGGAUUCUGGAGAAUGAUCCCACAGAACUGGAUCUUAUGUUUUGCAUAGAUGAAGAAAACUUUGGACAGACAUAUCAAGUUGACUUGAAGCCAAACGGGUCGGAAAUCACGGUCACAAAUGAAAAUAAAAGGGAAUAUAUAGAUUUAGUCAUCCAGUGGAGAUUUGUCAACAGGGUUCAAAAGCAGAUGAAUGCAUUUCUUGAGGGAUUUACAGAACUCCUGCCCACGGACUUAAUUAAAAUUUUCGAUGAAAACGAACUGGAGUUGCUAAUGUGUGGUCUUGGCGAUGUUGAUGUGAAUGACUGGAGACAACAUGCAAUCUACAAGAACGGAUAUUGUCCAAACCACCCUGUCAUUCAGUGGUUUUGGAAGGCCGUUUUACUGAUGGAUGCUGAAAAACGUAUCCGGCUUUUGCAAUUUGUAACUGGGACGUCACGCGUGCCUAUGAAUGGAUUUGCUGAACUUUAUGGUUCAAACGGUCCUCAGCUGUUUACAAUAGAGCAAUGGGGAAGCCCUGAUAAGUUACCCAGAGCUCACACCUGCUUUAAUCGCCUUGACUUACCUCCGUAUGAAUCUUUUGAAGAAUUGCGAGAGAAGCUUCUUAUGGCCGUUGAAAACGCUCAAGGAUUUGAAGGCGUGGAUUAAGUGGGCGCCUGCUCCUGCUUCUUCUUAUUGUUCUUCUUCUUAUUGUUAUCUUACUAGUACAACAAAGAUUCUAUUCUCGGAGCAAGUUCUGCAAGCACUUUUUUGAUUUUCCAGCAGACUUUUUUCAGGAGAUGGAGCAGAACGAGUGCACGGUGGAGCGAGAAGCUUCUGUCCAGUGCCGAUGUCUGAAUCCAGCAAUGGGAAAUAACUUUCUUUCGCUUGUGGAUAGUAUUUCUGAAAUUUCCACAACAAAUUACCCACUGGUUGAUGUAUACUCUAAUGACAUUUCAGCAGGACUUGUCUAUUUAUGUCGUGCCUCUGUAGGCAAAAGCCCUUAAUAAAUGUUUUACAUACUUUUUAAUGGCAAUGAAUGGAAUUAAUCAUUUUACAGGUAUAGUAUUACGGUUCACGUUUACUUUGGAACAAUGAUUUUUAAGUUUUAUUUUCUUGCAAUUAAAAAAAAACAACCACAAUAAUGUACCGGAAGAACGAACUCAUUUUGUUUCCUCUUAAUUUGUCUAGACUGUAUGUAUGCCAUAAGUGUUCUGUUCGCCCCAAAAUCUGCUUUUUGUUGUUUUUAGCAUCAUGCUCUUCUGGUCUUUUAGAAUAAGUAAUUUUAUUUUUUUUUGUAAGAUAUUUUCUGCCAUUAGAAAUAUCCUAAAGUACCAAAUGCCUUUUUAAAUGUCUGCAUUGUGGUUUCGCAAACGGCAACAAAAGUUAAAAUUUGUGAUGGGAUGGAGACAAUAUUUCUACAAAUCGCCUGAAUAUUUACAGGAAAAUCAUAUUCCAGCAUGCCAAAUCUCUCGAUAAUGAAGUUGCCUCCCUAUUUCUUGAUAGUAUUUAUAUGUAUUAUAGCAUUUUAUUUUAUUUUUUGGGUGAUGGGUUUGGGCACUAUUGUCAUUGGGGGGGGGAUGUUUGAUUGUUUGUUGUAUAGUGACUUUUACCAAUUCUUCCCUCUCACAAUGGAGGCAUUUUGAAUGAAUCCUGAUCUUGCUUGAUCUCAAGGCUGUAAAAAGUACUUUUUCUGUUUGUAUGCAUUUGUUAGUAUCUAAAUGAGAAGGAUUUUUCCCUUUAUUUUUGAUUGCACCAAUUCUAGAAGCACUUUAUGUACCACAUGGAGAUCUUUUUUUUAAAAUCAUAAAUAUUAAUGUGAUAGUAUGCCUUCUCCUUGCCCAUGUCUUUUUGGUGCAAUAUCUUUCAUUUGUGAAAUCUGGCAAUGGCUGAUGGAAGUAUGGGAAAAAACUAGAGAGAGACGAACUUAGAGAUAUUAGUUGUAUCUUGUGGUGUUGGGCUCCACCCCCACCAAAAUUUAUUUAAUAAAUGCAGUUAUCUAGCCACUUUUAUAACGUAUGACAUGUUGCAUGAAUAAAUGAUAAUGCUUGC